UGCACGCCUCGUUUUGGUCGGUGUCAGCGGAGCGGAAGCCGGAAGUGGAAGGGUGUGAGUAAUCAGAGUCCAGUGUGCAGUGACAGAUCUUGGUGGAUUGGCGGCAGGUUCUAAUCGCAGAAAAAUGAGUCUUCAGUGGACGGCUGUAGCGACUUUCCUCUAUGCAGAGGUGUUCCUGGUCCUUCUUCUCUGCAUUCCCUUCAUAUCCCCCACAAGAUGGCAGAAAAUCUUCAAGUCUCGCUUGGUGAAACUAAUCGUGGCGUACGGGAACACAUUCUUUGUGGUCCUGAUUGUGAUCCUGUUAUUGUUACUGUUAGAUGCAUUUCGGGAGAUCCAGAAGUAUGGCGUUGGGGAUCAGGUGGACCUCAAGCAUAACCCAGUGGCCGUGGAGCAUAUCCAUAUGAAGCUGUUCAGGGCUCAGCGUAACCUGUACAUCGCUGGAUUCUCCCUCCUGCUGGCUUUCUUGCUAAGACGUCUUGUUACCCUGAUCUCCAAGCAAGCCACCAUCAUUGCGUCCAACGAGGCCUUCAAAAAACAGGCCGAGAGCGCGAGCGAUGCUGCCAAGAAAUACAUGGAUGAGAAUGACCAACUCAAGAAGCAACUAAAGGCCGCAGGACUGGAGGUCUUCGACUUGUCGGAGAGCAACGCUGAGGAGGAGAACAAGCUGCUUAAAGGAGAAGUCAAGAAGCUCAAAGAUGAACUCCAAUCCACCAAGAAAUCACUGCAGAAGUCGGAGAGCGAAGUGAUCGCCAUCAAGAAGCAGAGCGAGGGCUUAACCAAGGAAUACGACCGGCUGCUGAAUGAAUACUCUAAAUUACAGACUCAGAAAGAGGGACCAAAAGAUAAAAAGGACGAGUGAAAACGUUGCGACGGCUGUCAAGGCGUUCUCCCUGAGCAGGCUUCAUCUGGUUAUUACGCCGUUUUCAAUGGCAGUCUACACAGAGUACCAUGUGACCUCUCGGCGUCGUCCAUCGUACUCGAUUUAGUCCAAUUACUAAGCUGCUCUAUUGCUGUCUUUUUGCUCCGGUCUUCUCCAUUCACAUCUACAACCUGUUUACGGUUUCUCCUCAUUCCUCUCUUGGUCGCGGCAAGGCUUCAUACACUGAUCAGCGGGGAACUUCCAAUACACAAUACUGUACUGACCAUCCUUUUAUGUUCUUCACGUGUGUACAGGCAAUGGUAUGCUUUAAUCUCUUUGUUUCUUUUAUACUCGUUUCCAACCAAUGGCACCCAUCUCCCCAUUUCUUUUCUAUCUCUGUCUGGUUUGCAUUAUUCGAAUGCCUUCCUAACGAAUGUAACUGUUAUUAUACAUAAUAAAGGUACAGAGUGCAAUCUUCCUGCCA